AUGGCUUCAUUCAAGGAUAUGAUGACCGACUCGGCUGAGAGAGCCGAGUUCUUGGAGCGGCUCCGGCAGCUGGGCAUCCAGCAUGACCGUGAGCAGGCGCUCCGGGCUGCUGCAAUGGCCUCGCAGAAUGCCGGCUCCUCCUCCUCGGAGGAUGUCGAGAGUGGCGGCGGCGUCCGCCUUACCAACGAGUACCUCUCGGGCAACCCGUACGGCUUGCUCGCGUCUCUCGGGGCCGCCGAGAACUCAGCGCAGUUGAACACUUCCUCUCUGAGAGGUAGUCCUACUCGUCCUUCUCAGGAUGCCGCCAAGACGCUGCGUCCUACUUCGUCCGCCACAGCUGCUGUGGGUGGCACCCCUUCCGUCGUCCCCGAGACCACCGCAAGCGACGUCUUCAACGAGGCCGCGUCUGGCUCAGGCAAGGACCCCAUGGUCGCGGCCGUGUCUUACACCCUUGGUCAGAGCAACCUCCAGGCCUCGGAGUCCGGUGGCAAUGGCAUGUCUCAGCGCAACGAGUAUGUCGGUGGCUCUCCCAGCAAGGGCAUCUCAUCUUUCGUGCGCAACGUCGCCGAUAACUCUCAGUUCGGCUUCCCCACUGGUUCUUGCAUCUUCGUUGCCAACCUUCCUGAGUUCAAGGAUGACGUUACUCUCGAGGCCGCUGUGAUCAGUGAGUUCGACCGCUUCGGCGUUGCCUUCGUCAAGAUUCGUCGUGACGGCAGCGGCAUGCCCUACGCCUUCGUUCAGUUUCAUUCAAAGCAGGACGCCGAGGAAGCCCGCAUCCAGGGUAGAGGAAGCUUGAUUCUUGGUCGCCCGUGCCGCACCGAGACUGUGCGCGCCAAUCGUACCUACAUCAUCUACCGCCAUGAUCGACUUGACAUGACGAUCGAGGAAGCCCAGGAGCUUUUGACUCCAUUCGGUGCGCUUGACAGAAUCAACCUUAUGGACAAGGAGAUUCAGGAGAAGCUUGGACUUCCGGUCACUGUUCGAGUCCAGUUCGCUGUCCACGAUCCCUCUCAGCAGGUCCUUCGGGCUUUCCGCAUGAACCACACGUACAGGGUCGAGUCGUACGACUUCAAGAAGGCCAUGCAGAUCCGGGCUCGCAUGCCCCACCGUCCUGCCAUGGAAAACAACACUGCAGAGCGUGACAGUCGUUUCGUCUUCAUGGGUGAUCUCCCUCUCGGCUUCACCGACGACAGAAUCCGUAACCUCAUGGAUCAUAUUGGUGGCGUGGUCGCCGUUCAUACCCAGCAGUGCGCUUAUGAGGACGGUCCCAAGCAAAUUGCAUUUGUCGAGUUCACCAACGUCAGCUACGCCCAGUCUGCUAUUGAGCGUUUCAAUGACUCCCUCGUCGAUGGCCACAUCAUCCGCGUUCAGCAGCGUAUGGAUAGACGUCGUCGCUAUGGCGGCUUCAACGGUGGCGGCAGCAACCGCGCAUUCCAGGGCAACAGCUACCAUGGCAGUGUCGCUUCUACUCCUGCUCGUAUGAGCCAUCUUCAGCAGCGCCUAACCAGCCUGGCCAUCGAGGCUGCUCCCUCCUCUGAGGCUGCCCAGAACACCCUUUCCAUCAUGCGCACUUCUUCGCAGGCCCCUAUCAACAACACCCAUGGUCUGAAGAUUACCACGCAGUCUCUGCAGAAUGGCAAUGGCAUGCAGCAGAACAUGCAGAACAUGCAGCAGGCUAUACAGAAUAGCUAUCAGACCCAGACGCACCCCCAGAUCAACAGCAACCAGGGCAUACAGAUUCAGACCCAGCAGCCCAUGAACACCCAGAUGGUUUCGCAGAUCCAGAUUCAGCCUGGCUCAAUGCAGCAGGUUCAGCCUGCCAUGCACUCUCCUAUGCACAUGCAGCCCAUGAGCCAGCAGAUGAGUCAGCAGAUGGCUCAGCAGUCUCCCAUGAACGCGGAGCCCAUGGGUCAACAGAUCAACCAGCCCAUGGUUCAGCACAUGGUCCAGGGAAUGCCCAUGCAGCAAACCCAGGUUCAGUACCCCAUGGCUCCUCCCCCCGUUCCUUCUCAGAUCGGAACUCCUAUGCACAACAGCAAUGGCAUGCCGUACUACGCUCAGGGCGGCCCCGUCCAGACCCCCGUCCAGCAGUCGCCCACUGGCUUCUGGGGCUACGGCCAUGGCACUCCCCUCUGGACUCCGUUCGGCCGCGAUUUCGCGACCUACUCGUCCCCGGCCUAUCACCCUCAGAUGCCCGCCACCGGUAUGAUGCAGUCUGAGCCUGUCAUCACCGAGGUCAACCAGGCCUUCGUCACUGAUGGUUCCGACCGUUCCAACUAG